CGGGCGAGAGCGUCGGAGGGAAGAAGCAAGGAAGCUGGUUCCGGGCUGGGGAGGAGGGUUUCAGAGGGGAGAUACUGAAAGUACAGCUGGAAGAGGAAGAUGCCGAGUACAGAUCUUCUGAUGCUGAAGGCCUUUGAGCCCUACUUCGAGAUUCUGGAAGUAUAUUUCACAAAGGCCAAGAAUUAUGUAAAUGGGCAUUGCACUAAGUAUGAGCCCUGGCAGCUAAUUGCAUGGAGUGUCGUGUGGACCCUGCUAAUAGUCUGGAUAUAUGAGUUUGUCUUCCAGCCAGAGAGUUUAUGGUCAAGGUUUAAAAAGAAAUGCUUUAAGCUCAUCAGGAAGAUGCCUAUUAUUGGUCGAAAGAUCCAAGAUGAAUUGAACAAGGUCAAGAAUGACAUUAGCAAGAACAUGUCAUUUCUGAAAGUGGAUAAAGAGUAUGUGAAAGUUCUGCCUUCUCAAGGUCUGAGCCCAUCUGCAGUUCUGGAGAAGCUCAAGGAGUACAGCUCUAUGGAUAUCUUCUGGCAAGAAGGGAGAGCCUCUGGCGCAGUGUAUAAUGGGGAGGAGAAGCUCACCGAGCUCUUGGUGAAGGCUUAUGGCGAUUUUGCAUGGAGUAAUCCAUUGCAUCCUGAUAUCUUCCCAGGACUACGGAAGAUAGAGGCAGAGAUUGUGAGGAUAGCUUGUUCCCUGUUCAAUGGGGGGCCAAAUUCCUGUGGAUGUGUGACCUCUGGGGGGACAGAAAGCAUACUGAUGGCCUGCAAAGCUUAUCGGGACCUGGCCUUAGAGAACGGGAUCAAAACUCCAGAAAUUGUGGCCCCCCAAAGUGCCCAUGCUGCAUUUAGUAAAGCAGCCCAUUAUUUCGGGAUGAAGAUUAUACGGGUUCCACUGAACAAAAUGAUGGAGGUGGAUGUUCGGGCAAUGAGAAGAGCCAUCUCCAGGAACACUGCCAUGCUCGUCUGUUCCACCCCACAGUUUCCUCACGGUGUGAUAGAUCCUGUCCCUGAAGUGGCCAAGCUGGCUGUCAGAUACAAAAUACCUCUUCAUGUAGACGCUUGUCUGGGGGGCUUCCUCAUCAUCUUCAUGGAGAAAGCAGGAUACCCACUGGAGCAACCAUUUGAUUUCCGGGUGAAAGGUGUGACCAGCAUUUCAGCGGACACCCAUAAGUAUGGCUAUGCCCCCAAAGGCUCUUCAGUGCUGUUAUACGGUGACAAGAAGUACAGGAGCUUUCAGUUCUUCGUUGAUCCAGAUUGGCAGGGUGGCAUCUACGCUUCCCCAACCAUUGCAGGCUCAAGGCCUGGUGGCAUUAGUGCAGCCUGCUGGGCUACCUUGAUGCACUUCGGUGAGAGCGGCUAUGUUGAAGCUACCAAACAGAUCAUCAAAACUGCUCGCUUCCUCAAGUCAGAACUGGAAAAUAUCAAAGGCAUCUUUGUUUUGGGGAAUCCUCAGUUGUCAGUCAUUGCUCUGGGUUCCCGUGAUUUUGACAUCUACCGACUAUUUAACCUGAUGACUGCUAAGGGGUGGAACUUGAACCAGUUGCAGUUCCCAUCCAGUAUUCACUUCUGCGUCACGUUGGUACACACCCGGAAGCGUGUAGCCAUACAGUUCCUAAAGGACAUCCGGGAAUCUGUCACUCAGAUUAUGAAGAACCCUAAAGCAAAGACCACAGGAAUGGGUGCUAUCUACGGCAUGGCCCAAACCACCGUCGACAGAAACCAGGUAGCAGAGUUGUCCUCCAUCUUCUUGGACAGCCUUUUCAGCACAGACACUGUAACUCAGGGCAGCCAGAUGAAUGGCACUCCAAAACCCCGCUGAGCCCGCACCCUUUCGAGCCCCGAGGAACUUCUGGCUUCAGAAGGUUCUAGGGGUGUUGAAGAGGCCACACAGUUUCAACAUCUGGUCUUGCUCCAUAGAGCACAGGAAGACCGACCACGAGACAGCUCGAUCCUCAGAACUCUUGUUCCUCCUUUCAGCAUCCUUUUGUGUUUUUUUUCAUAUGAAGACCCUGGAGGAUUCCAUUACGUAAUUAUUUUGCCCUUGGUUUAAAUGGCAUCCUAGGAAUUGUUUUAACCAUUUCCUUCUCUAACCUCUCUAACUUUCAACCUCACUGAAUCGUGUGGCAGUUCUGACCUGUCCUGAUUUCUUAGGGAAGCUGGGAUACAGUUUAUGAGAUAGAAAAAGGUUUUCCUUGGUAUCUCAGGCAGAUUGGAUGGUCACAUGGGAAGCAGUCACAUAACACGUUUCCUCCAGUGAGUGUGAGGUAUACUCUAAGCAGGAGGCUUUUUCAGCCUGGCUCUUUGAGUAAUUUAGUUGUUUCUCUUGGACUGACUUUUAUUGUAACUCAUUUUAUUUUUCCAGGACAUGACUGACCAGGCCAUUGUUGCUAUUAUGCAGGAUAGCAGUGGUCAGCCUGUCAAGGCAGGGUAUGGAGUGGUCCAUUGUCCUCUUCUGGAGUGCAGUCCUUAUUUGAUACUUGGUUGCCACCAUCUUUGGAGAUUCUUAUUUGAAAUUGUGCUCUCACCGGUUUGUUCUUGUUUCCGUGGGCUAGGAAAAGAAUGUGGUUCCCAGAGGAUGUAGGACUUCCUGGUCCUAGUGCUGCCUCUGAACUGGCAGUGUUCGGAGCACACGUGAGCCCUCUCCGGAGCUGAAGAUGAUCAGAAACCAGACCUUUUCCUACACUUUUCUGAGUAAUCAGAGUAGGAUGAGCACCCAGAUGCAAAUAUAUGUCACCAAAGUUGGUGUGGUCCUCCCCUCACCCACUGCUUUAAGCCAUCGUGUAUGAGACUCAAAGCACCUUCACAAGUUGCCUUGAUUUACCCUAGAUGGUGCAAGGAGGGCGUCAGAGAGCCCCCAAGGCAAGGAAAAAUUUCUCUCUCCAUUAGUGUGUUCUUCCUGCCUUCUCCCCAUUUAUUCAGCUCCCAAAGGUACUAUGGCAGUUUAGCCUCAGGUACUGGACGCUUCUCAGCCCUGGCUAGGAUGAGAUAAACAUUUUGGAAUAGGAAACCAUAAUGGUGUCAGUUGUAGCCUAGAGUCUGGGAUUUCUCCAUAAGACUAGUUGCUCAGGGUGGUGCAGGGACAGGACCAAACCCUGCACCCACUUCCUACCCUCUUCUUCCCUGCAUGGGGCCAGGACCUAGGUUGAGCCACUGUCCUAAUGAUGACAUAUCUCGUGUGUGCCUUUUUCCUCAGCAGGGAGCAGUGGUAGGCUAUUCCUAACCCAGGCCAUGGUGGGGGUGGGGGAUGGAUCAGUCUUUGAGAUUUUUAUUUGGUUAAGGGAAUACUUAGGAUAAGUCAGGAAAAACUUCUCUGUUCCAUUACCCUUCUCAGGGACUCUUGAAUAUUCAGCCUCUUUAGGCUAGCAUCUUCUCGCCUCCCUCACUGGUAUGCUGGUGGCCAAGAAAGCCAAGACAACCAGAUGUUUCCCCGAGCUCCUUACCACUUUUGUCUGAACUGUUCUUUAGCACUGUACUUCCUACAUAAAACUGUGACUGGGCAUGUCUUUGCAGGGCUGGUGUGUAUGUGUGUUUCCUCCUGUCCAUUGUGGGUUCCAAGAAUGGUUGGGUGCUGUGUGCGUGCGUGCGUAUGUGUGUGUGUUAGAGGGAGAAACUCAGAUCUUUUGGACUUGGGGGUAAUGUUCCCUCCAGUUGCUGUGAACUGGUGGGUACCUCUUGAGAAGAGGUGUGGUUAGAGCUGUACAUGAAUUGUCUCUUGCGUCUCCAGUGCAUUCAUUAUGUUGGAGGAAGUCCAGGGACCCCAGACCCACCCAGCAGGCACCACUGUGGUUUGUCAGCUGCUAAAAUGGAGAAGCAUGUGCCCUACAGAGUGUUCUAUUGCUUCUUUUGUCUCCCGUGACCUUCCUCUGUUCUGUGACAACAUUGCUGCCCAGGGUGGGGUAGGGUUGGUGAUGGUGGGGGUACUUUUCAAAGGGACCUACUGUAGCCACUUUAAUUUAUGAUCAUGAGCCUUAGUUUGACUUAACUCUUGUGGGCUUUCCAAUCUGUGUGUAUCUGCACGUAGUAACACCCAGUCUCUAGCAGAGGUGGCUGGAAUGUCUAGGUGAUAUCACGUUGCUAGCAGAUGUCACAAACUCUGCAAAAACUGUACUGUCUUGUUUCUGCAUUAGAAGUAAGUAGUCCCCUGUACAUACUACCAUGACACUUUUAAUAUUGUUUAAUACUUGGAAAAUGGUACUUGUCCCCUUUAAAUCUUUUGUCUUUAACCAACCCCUUCACCUAAUUGCAGCAAUAAUCUCUUAAAAAGCAAUUAAGUAAUUAAAUGUCCCAAAUCAUAA